AUGGCCGCUAGACGUGUUGAGAUGUUCCUUCUGUCGAGGAGUGUGCAUAAUUUGUACACACUAACCAAGGAGGAAUUAUUUUCAGUGGCUGAGAGGUUUCAAGUGGAGUUGAAAUCCAAGAAAAAGGAGGAAAUGCAGGGGGAGUCGAAAAAUGCUCUUGUGGAGAGGAGCUGGUUUGAAAAUGAUGGUGGUGAAAGUGAGGAUAAUGAUGGGGAGAGUGUAGAGGAAGGUGCUGAAGUCAGUGAGAUAAACCUGGGUUCUCUUGGUGGAACAGAUGGCCUUUCUAAUAGUGAAAAAUUUGAAUUAAUGAAACUUCAGAUGCAAUUGCAGAAGCAGAAAGAGGUAGAGUUAAAGAGGGAGCAGAUACAGAUGCAAAAAGAGAUUGAGAUAGAAAAGAUUAGAGCAGAAAGUAAAAAUAGAGUAAAUGAGACCAGGGCAGGAAAUGGUGCCCAAGGCAACGGGGAUUUAGAGAGAAAGGUCAUCAAUAUGCCUAACUUUGUGGAAGGGGAGGAAGAAAACUUCUUCGUUCAAUUUGAAAAAACUGCCAAGAUGAUGGGAUGGGGUGAAAAUGAUUGGGCAUUACUAGUCCAGUCUAAAUUUGAGGGAAUGGCCCGAGAGAUAUAUGUGAAUUUGAGUGAGCGAGACGCGCGUGAUUAUGAAGCGGUAAAGGAAGCGGUGUUGGGAUCAACCCUUCUAUGUCCGAGUGUGUACCGGGAAAGGUUCUGCAGGACAACAAAACGCCCAGGUGAUACUUAUCUCGGGAUGGCUCGAGAGGUUAUCCUUAAACUGAACCGGUGGCUGAAGGCCGAGGAAGCCACUACAGUUGAGGAGGUAAAAGGAGUUAUGCAGAUGGAACAAUUUAUGAGCCAAAUGCCCCUCAGUGUAAAAUAUGAGCUCGUAUCACACAACGUGAAGGAUGUGAUGGAAGCCGGACGCAGAGCUGACAAGUAUUGUGCGGUCCAUGGGGUGAACGGAGAUGAACACCAUGGAGGGAGAAAGCCAUUCUCCAACAAACACGAUGGUCAUCAGAGAUAUAAGAAUUACCGCCAGAUGAGCUCGACAUCAGUCCACAGAUCAAACCAGCCCCGCCCUCACAACUAUAGUUUUCCCCACACUUACACCAUGCCCAAGCCAGCCGACCACAACGUGAGGCCUACGCCCUAUAGGAGUAGGCCCAGGAGCACUACCUAUUACCAGAAGGGUAGUGGUGAUGAAGGUACAGUUAAGUGCCUUGGAUGUGGAAGUAGCGGGCAUAAGAAGUACCAGUGUCCGAAGGGACGGCCGAAACCAGUGGGAGCAGUUGCCACCCAAAGAGACCUGAUAAAGUAUGUGGAGAAUAUGAAUGCAGAGAUACAAGAGGAGCCGCAGAAAGAUGAGGGCUUUGAGCACUUCACCAGUAAGGGCACAGUGAAAGUGGAGGGAAGUCCAGAGAAGGUGAUCAGAAUCCUUCGGGAUACGGGAGCCAGAGUCUGA